AUGGCGUUUGUUGCCACAAGCAUGGGUUUGAGCGCUUUCAUCAUAUCUUCAGCAUUCGAGAUGUCAGGCUCAGUCAAUCUAUAUGUCAACCAAGCCUAUCGUCCUGAGCACCAGGACUCUGCAUGCAAGGAGGAGGAAAAGUCCGUACCCAUUCAAGCUUUCAGAAAAUGUCUUGGUGCAGAGCGGCAGGAGCCAGAAUCUCCUGGCGUUAAAGAGGAUGUUGAGCUCCACCAAAUCAAAGAGGAGGAGGAGCCAGAGCCCUUUCAACAGAAGGAACUUUCAAUCAAAAAAGAGGAGGAUGAGCUGUCAUAUGUUAAAGAGGAGGAAGGCAUCACCCGGUCGACUGGUGAGCCCUUGAAGAGUGAAGAUGGUCCGGGUGAGGCCAGCAGAGGGGCGGAGCCUCUGAUGGAUGGCGGCAGCAGCCCAACAGAAGGAUUGUUCUGUACCAAUGGCACUUUAAAACGACACGAAAGAGCCCACACGGGACAAAAACCUCAUUCCUGCUCAGUUUGUGGUAAAAGAUUCAGUUACAAGCACACCUUAAAAGUUCACAUCAGCGCCCAUACGGGAGAAAAACCUUAUUCCUGCUCAGUUUGUGGUAAAAGAUUCAGUUACAAGUACACCUUAAAAGUUCACAACAGAGCCCAUACGGGAGAAAAACCUUUUUACUGCUCAGUUUGUGGUCAAGGAUUUGCUGCAAAGCGAUACUUGAAAAUACACACAAGAACCCACACAGGAGAAAAACCUUUUGCCUGCACAGUUUGUGGGGAAAGAUUCAGUCUCAAGAGCAGCUUGGAAACACACAACAGAACCCACACGGGAGAAAAACCUUUUUCCUGCUCAAUUUGUGGUCAAGGAUUCACUCGAAAGUCAACCUUAAAAACACACGAAAGAAUCCACACUGGAGAAAAACCUUUUUCUUGCUCAGUUUGUGGUCAGAAAUACACUCAAAAGCAAAACUUCAAAAUACACACAAGAACUCACACUGGCGAAAAACCUUUUUCCUGCUCAGUUUGUGGUCAAGGAUUCGCUCUAAAGGAACACUUGGAAAGACACACAAGAACCCACACUGGGGAAAAACCUUUUGCCUGCUCAGUUUGUGGUCAAAGAUUUAGUCGCAAGAGCAACUUACAAAGACACGGAAGAACCCACACCGGAAAAAAAACUUUUUCCUGCUCAGUUUGUGGCCGAGGAUUCGCUCGGAAGGAUCGGAUGAGACACGAGUGUGUGUGA